GGCCAUACGGUCGUGCAGCUUCCCUUAGCUUCAGCCUUUCAACCCUUCUCUUCUCCGACUUUGAAUUUCUCUAGCCACAGCCUACGACAUGUCUUGUAAACACGUGGCCGAUGCUGAGCUGCGCCCUCCCUCUCCUUCACAGUCAGUAUACCGCGAAGACUGUACACAAUGCUUCGAUAGCAUCGACGACCCGGCUGGCCUGGACGUUUGCCUGUACUGCUUCAACGGGGGAUGCCCAGACAGCGAACAUAACCACUCGCUGUUGCACGUUCAGAGCAGCGGCCAUCCCCUUGUUCUUAACAUCAAACGCACGCGGAAGAAGGUCAUGCGCGAAGAGCCGCCACAGAAGAUCACGAAACUUGCCAUCGCCGCCGAGACUGAGGAGGAUCGGUACGACACAGUGACAGUGGUCAAAUGUUACGAAUGCGGUGUAGAAGAUGUUGCCAGGAGCUCAGGGAAGAUUGCAGAAGUUGUUGACGGCGUGCUCAAGGCAAACACGUUUGCGCGGCAGGAGGAGAUUAAGGCUUGGGAACAAGAGCUGACGGCGUGCGAGCACACUCUCUGCUUAGAACAGGGCCCCGGUAGACAGAUAGAUAGCCAAUCCCUUGGUAAAUGCUCAAAGUGCGACCUCAAGGAGAAUUUAUGGCUAUGUUUGAGCUGUGGCAACUUGGGAUGUGGGCGUACCCAGCACGGUGGCCUUGGUGGGAAUGGCCACGGUGUGGAGCAUACAAAAGAAACAUCACAUCCGGUGGCCGUCAAGUUAGGCUCUCUGACCGCCGACGGCACAGCCGAUAUCUAUUGCUACGCGUGCGACGAAGAGAGGAUAGAUCCAGAGCUACCAGCCCACCUUGCCAACUGGGGAAUCAACAUAAAAGAUCGACAGAAGACGGAGAAAAGUUUGAAUGAGAUGCAAAUUGAGCAGAAUCUACGAUGGGAGUUCUCAAUGACGACUGAAGACGGCAAAGAACUGCGCCCAAUUUUCGGCCCAGGCUUCACGGGAUUAAAGAACUUGGGCAACAGCUGCUAUAUGAAUAGUGUGCUGCAAUCUUUGUUCGCCUUUUCUGAGUUCAAAGAGAGAUACUUCUUCCCAAAUGAGGCGCCACCGGCAUCUUCGAAGCCAGCAGAAGAUUUGGAAACACAAAUGCGCAAGAUGGCAGACGGCCUACUCUCGGGACGCUAUUCAAAGCCGGACGCAGACAUCUUCAGCACGGAAUCAAGCCCUGAGGUGCCUCAUCAAAAAGGUCUUGCUCCAGCAAUGCUCAAGUUUCUCGUCGGUCGAGGUCAUGAGGAGUUCUCCACGAUGCGCCAACAAGAUGCAUUCGAAUUUCUCCUCCACUUGCUCAAGCUUGUCACUCGGUCUCGGCAUCCUGCACCAUUGCAGGACCCCGUGGAAGCGUUCCGCUUUAUCAUGGAACAGCGACUACAGUGUUUGAAUUGCAAGAAAGUACGCUAUAAGCAGGACGAGCAGGAGAACAUUUCUAUCCCAGUCCCCAUUCGGCGUGUAGCAAAAGAAGAGCGAAUGGAAGAUGUGAGCACAUCGGAUGGCAAAGGCGUUAAAGAAAAGGAAAAGGAGAAGGAUAAUUUUGAACCCGUCACACUCAAGGAAUGUCUUGACAUCUUCACAGCAGACGAGCACGUCGAGCUCACGUGCCCAUCUUGCGGCAGUAAAGAUGGUUUCAAGAAACGGAGCGCCUUCAAAACGUUCCCAAAAAUCCUGGCUGUAAAUGCCCGCCGCUUCGAGCUAGUCAACUGGGUGCCGACGAAGCAGGAUGUCCCCGUCAUCGUGGACGACGCUCCUUUCGCUUUCGAUGCGUAUAAAUCAUCUGGCCUUCAGCAGGGCGAGGAAGAGUUACCUGAAGACGCCGAUUCUGCAAACGCGAAAGACAAGUUUGUGCCGAAUGAAUCAGCACUGGGAGUUCUCGAAGCGAUGGGCUUUCCGCGUGUGCGUUGCGAGAAAGCCUUGCACGCAACGGGUAAUGCAGAUCCUGAAGCCGCUUCAAACUGGCUCUUUGCGCACAUGGACGAUCCCGAUAUCGACACUCCGAUUGAUCUAAGUGGGGGUAGUGGGGGUGCGUCUAGCAAUUCAGCGGAUCCGGAGAAAGUGCAGAUGCUUGAGGGCAUGGGCUUCAACGCUCCACAAGCCAGACAGGCUCUCAGAGAAACCGGUGGAGAUGUAGAGCGUGCCGUGGAGUGGUUGUUCAGUCACCCCGACGCCGCUGGCGAUUUCGGUGAAGGCAAUGCUGAUGAUGCCGAAACAGAAGCUCCCAAGGAAAAGAAAAUUCCAGGAAGUGACUCUUUACCGGCAGAGUUUCAGCUUCAAAGCAUAGUCUGCCACAAAGGGAACAGUAUCCAUGCUGGGCACUACGUUGCAUUCAUUCGCAAGACAGUGCCAGGAGAGGACAAGCCGUCAUGGGUUCUCUUCAAUGACGAGAAGGUGGCAAAGGCAGUUGAUAUCGAUGAAAUGAAGAAAUUUGCAUACGUGUAUUUUUUCCGGCGUCUGUAGACUGGACUAAGGAUUCCAUAAGCAUGUAGUCGCAAGGUAUGAACAGCAUGCUAAGAUGCACAGGAGGUGUUGUGGGGAGUGAAGAUACAACGAAGCAUUGCAGGCGUCUUAUAUGCCCGGCAUAUCAAGCAUUUCGCUAUCGUUAAAAGAAAUAGUUGUGUGUCUGAUUUGAAAACCAUUAUUCACUCAUAGACAUGUCGUUCAAGUUCAAACUCUUGAUCCUGAGAUCAAUUUUG